AUGCAUAAUGCUUCGCUCACAAAAUGCCAAUCUCUUAUACGCUCCGCCAAGUCUGGCAGCGAUUGGACUCAGAAUGAGUUUAGAGCGUAUAAUAUCACUGUUCAAUUGCAAGACGCAGCCACCUUCUUCUGUGUCGACCCUUUGCCACAACCUGCAGUCGCUCAGGAAGUCCUCACAACACUUGAUGUAGACGACAUGAUUCUAAACGACAAUUAUAAAUUCUUACACUGCAUGGUUUUAGCGAUGAAUCCUGUUCCAACCGAAGAGUCUGCCGUGGACGAUCUUGCUGUUCACCUGCUGAAGCUGUUGGGAUACCUGCAAGCGAUUGCCGCCUUUCAGAUGAACAAUUUCAGACGGGAGCGGCUCCUUGGGUCGUCACCCACUUUCUACAAGAUUCCUGUCACCACAGAACUUGCCGAAGCUGUUGCACUCGGCGAGUACCUGCGAGUACCCAACGCCCACCUUCCGACGGUGCCUCGCCCGGCUCGCCGAUGGAGUGAAGGUAUGAAACCGCUAGCCAACAGGGUUCACAUCCUUCAAUGCUACGAGGCGUUGAAGCCAUUUGUCAACUGGUAUGUUUUAUAUGGCUCCUGUGUUUUGAUUAAUCUCAUGGCUGUAUUAGAGUUUAGGCUGUAA